AUGAAGAUCCUCCUGAAUCCCACUUUUUUUCCCCUCACAGGACUUUGGGGGUUAGUAAACAACGCAGGCAUUAAUUAUCCGGUUGCUCCCAAUGAGUGGCUGAAGAAGGAGGACUUUGCCAAGGUGCUGGAUGUCAACUUGCUUGGGCUGAUUGAUGUGACGUUGCAGAUGUUGCCCCUGGUGAGGAGAGCCAAAGGGAGGCUGGUCAAUAUAAGCAGUGUGGUGGGAAGAUUAGCAUGCGGUGGAGGAGGGUAUAGCAUAUCCAAGCAUGGUGUGGAAGCCUUCUCAGACACUCUGAGGCGAGAGCUUUCUCCUUUCGGAGUCAGAACCAGCAUCAUUGAACCUGGAGGCUUUGCUACAAAUAUGCUCAAAAACCCGGAUCAGCACUUACAGGGUGUGUUCAACAAGAUACCCCCACACGUCAAAGAAACUUAUGGACAACCCUAUCUGGAUGCCUAUUACAAAUGUAUGCACAGACUGAUGAAGUUGAUCAGCAAGGACUUGAGCUUGGUCACCAAUUGCAUAGAACAUGCUUUGACGUCUCAAUAUCCUCGUAUCCGUUAUUCGGCUGGCUGGGAUGCAAAAUUCGUCUUCCUGCCUGCCUCUUAUUUGCCAAGUUCAAUAACAGAUUUCUUACUGGGGAUUCUUCUUCCAAAGCCAGCACAAGCGGUGUAGAGUCCAUUGCAGAAAAUGUGUUACAGUUGUCCAAACGAGCAAACAAAUUAAUUUCAGUUUUAGUGAAAACUGCUAAGACCAUUUCACUAGGGUGACCAGACGUCCCGCUUUUGGCGGGACAGCCACGCCUUUUCAUACAUUUUCCCACGUCCCGCACGCUUCU